UUAGCAAUGGCUCCUCUUGCCAGCUAGCCAGUCGCCUCUGCUCCAUGAGGCAUUUUCUGCUGGUGCGGCAGGGCGUGUGCUUACAUGCAUUUGGGCAACCUUUUCUUCCCAAGAACAUCUUGCUACUUUGCAGCUGCAUUUAUUCAACAGUUGGCAAGAAUUACGUUCUUUGCAUGUAUGUAAUAAUGAGAGAAGAAGGGAGUAUGGAUGCAGGAUAGAGUGUGCCCUUUAUUCUUCCACAGACUUGCCCUUGGAAUAUAAGGCCCUUACAGUUCAUUUGAGAUUUUGGGCCUGCUCUUAAUGUGUUUACAUCGUGAAGAAAGGAAGCUACACCCUGUGGAAUAUUGGAAGCCAACCCAAUGGCAUCCUCUACUACUGUGCCUGUAGGAUUUCAUUAUGAAACAAAAUAUGUUGUCCUCAGCUAUUUGGGUCUGUUGACACAGGAAAAACAUCAGAAGCAGCAUACUCUGCCAUCUCAAGGCACUGAUCCAUCAGUGACCUCAACUGUGUUAGAAAAGGAAGUCCAAGAGAAAGUUAAAGCAGAAAUUGAGGAAGAGUUGAAACGUCUUGAUGAAGAAAUUUUGGAAGCUUUCAACAAUACUGGCUUUGACUGCCACACAUCUCCAGUAUUCAGCCCUGCCAACCCAGAAACUUCAAUAGAAGAUUGCUUAGCCCAUCUUGGAGAGAAAGUAUUCCAAGAACUGAAAGAGCCUCUCCAAAAUGCAUUAGAAAUCCUACUUAGCAAGCCAGUAACUUACCAAGAAUACAAAGAAAGGACACAGGAAGCAUCAGCUCAUGCCAGUGGAUGGCAGAAGGUUUUAGUGCCUCUGGUGAUUCUUCAGGAAUUUCUAAUGGAGCUGUCAAGGCGAGGCCAGGAGCCACUUCAUGUGCUGGCAAAUUUUGGAGUAAUCUAUCUGGAGGAUUUUGCUGCAGAUUAUAUCAUCCAGCAAGGUGGAUGGGGUACUAUCUUCAGUUUGGAUUCUGAAGAAGAAGAGGACCAUGGAAUCAUUGCUGAAGAUAGCAAUGACAUUUACAUCCUAACUAGUGACAACUCCGGCCAAGUGAGCCCUCCUGAGUCACCCACAGUGACAACAUCUUGGCAAUCAGAGAGUUUGCCAGUUUCUUUAUCAGCUAGUCAGAGCUGGCAUACAGAAAGCUUGCCAGUCUCUUUGGGCCCAGAAUCGUGGCAACAAGUAGCUAUGGAUCCUGAGGAAAUGAAGAGUUUGGACAGCAACGGAGGUGGCGAAGAGAGGAGUGAAAAUAACUCUUCAAACUCUGACAUUGUACAUGUUGAAAAGGAGGAGAUACCAGAGGGAGUUGAGGAAACAGCGUUAGAAGCAGGUGUACAGAUUGAGCCGAGCAAGCUGAGCUCUCCAGAAGCUCUGUCUGCAAUGAUGGAGUCAGAAGCUGAAUCUGCAGCAGUUAAAAAGCCAACCUCCUCUACACCUUCACUUACUGAACCCCAGAAGGAAGGGAAGGUGUUGGAAGUACCUGAACCUGAACCUUCUGUGUUAAGUAAACCAGCCAAGCCACUGACUCCUUCAGAAGGAAAGGUGGCUCCCAAACCUGAGAAUAUAUUGCUUCCAGAAAAAGAAAGGAAGGCAGGAAAGGAGAGCCCUUCUCAAGAAAAGGAAACAUCUACUGGAGAAGAGAAACCUAUCCUCUUGCCAGAAGGCAAAUCAAUUCUGCUGUAUGGUGGAGCAGCUGCAGUGGCCAUCCUGGCUGUAGCAGUGGGUGUAGCGCUGGCGCUCAGGAGGAAGUAAUGGACUUGCCUCUGCAAGGAGGGUAGUACCUGGAUCCACACUUAGUUGCAUUGACUGAAGGUUGUGGUGCCUGCUGUUAAUGGGAAAGUCAUUUAGCAUACAGGGUGAUGGGGCAAGGGUAAACAGAAACGCUGAGCAGAGGGGACAAUCAUGUUGUUAAUGGAUUGGGAUUGAAUCUUCCUGUCCAACGUACCUGGGGUGUCAUUUUGAAAACCCUUGCACAUUUAUCAGUCCAAAUAUAACUGAGAAUUGGGUAUGCUUGUACACUGGAAACUAGAAGAAGAAAAUUCCAGGGGAGUGGAAGACCUGAUUACUCUCUGGAAGCUUCCCUUACAUAGCUGCUAUUGCAGCUUCUUGAUUCCCUCUUCACCUCUUGAAUUGAGAGGUUCUUUACCCUGUAGCAUGAGGCUGAUCUCCCUGUUGUCUCAGCUUCCUCAGGUACUGCACUGCUCCUCUUGAUCUACUUCCCUUUCAAACCCAGGGGGUAGUGCUUAUCCAAUACCUCUUUACUUUAUACCUUUUCUGUGCCCCAAAUAUUGUCUUUCUUUAAUUAAAUUCUCCAAGGUCUGUAAUGCAACAGUGAAAGCAAUAUACUCACAAAUAGGAGUUAAGUUUUGGGAAAGGUAAUGUUCUUCUGUAACCUACAGUUUGUCGUUUUGGUGAUCCCCACUGCACUUAAGUUUCUCUCCCUGUUCUUGCUUUACUUUAUCUGUUUUACCUUAAGUUAGGGAAAACACACUCCUUUCGUACUUCCACCAUUUCAAUGGAUGCACAAGAUGGAAAUAUUACUCAGCAUGCAUAAGCCAAAACUGUUGUGAAAUACAAAUGUAAUCAUCCAUUGACCCAGCUCUUCUGUUUUGUUUUUGAGCCCAUUCAGAGGGGUAACACAUUUAGUCUAGAACUGAUUUUGACCAUUAACUACCAAGUCAUAUGCACUCGUCAAACAAAAAAAAAGCCCAAUUCAAAUAGUUUAACCUGAAAAGCACUGUUCAGAGCUUAGAGAAAUAACUUUUUAAGACUAUAGUUCCUCAGAUCCCCACCAGUAUGGCUACUGGCUGGGCAACUGUGGGUUUUGUAGUCAAAAAGUAAGUUUUUCUAGGUCUACCUUACACCUUCCUGAUGUUUGCCAUUUUCAUAUCUUGAAGGGUGAUAUGAAAGCUAAUAUUUUGGACAACUUAACUUGAUAAAUAAUUGCUAUAUACAGAAAGUUACUUUUAAUCCAAUUAGUUAUAAUUGUGCUCAGAAAGGAAUAAAGAGAUCCCUCUGAUCACAGUGUUUUUUUAAUAUGGCGGGAAUGAAAUUUAAAUAUUACUGCACUUCCAGUGCAUUCUAACUCUAGCAGGGAUACACUUCUGCUCUUUAAGGAUUACUGUAAUUUAUGUUCGGCUAGAGAUGUGCCGAAAAGGGUUUAUUAAAAUGAAAACCAAGUAAGUAAUACUUUUAAAGUAAUAAAUUGCAGGGAUGGGGAAUAUGUGGCCAUCCAGAUUUGAUUUGAUUGCCGUUCCCGUUAGUCUUUGCAAUUAAACCCACUGGUGAUGUAUGAUGGGAGUGGCAGUCUAAAAACAUCUAAAGGGCCAUGUUCCUCAUCCUAUCAAGCAGCUCUAGGAUAAUAUAGACAUAUCUUCUCCUCCAGCUACUGCCCUUGGUUUCUUAUAAAAUGCUGCCCUCCCCCCAUUUCUGUUGCCCAAAUAUGACUGCCUGACCCUACACAGUAAUUGGGCCAUUCCCUACAUGUUGCUCUUUAGGAAUGUGACGGCAUAGUAGUUUUCUCUUGUUCCUUGCCAUAGUUGCCUUUUCUGGUUACCUUCUGUAGAUCCGAUGAUCAGGAAAUUCUUAGGCUUCUCUGAUGUGGUUCCAGCUUCCCACUCAUGUAAAUAAAAUCUGAACCAUUUCAAAGGCUCGCGCAUAAUACUCAUCAUGUAACAGUGGUGAUUUUAUUGUUUUCCAGUGCUUGUAUAAACAACUAUUAUAUUCUUGAACCAGCCCUGGGCAUCAGGUGGCCUCAUUAGGAUGCUCUGUACUCAAUCUUCUUGUUAUAUAAAAAUGAAAAAUGAUUGCUUCAACUGCCCUUACUGAUAAAAAGCAAACACAACUUUGCUUCAUCUGAAACACUGGCUGAGCAAUGGAAAUAAGUUUCUCAAGAAAGUGCUACAGGUCUUUUCACUGUGUAAGUUACAAAGAAGCAGAAGUAGUUUUAAGUAGAGACCAACUCAAAGGGAAAGCAAAACUCAAAGGGAAACUCCCAGGAUUCUUGGAACUUUAGCUUUAUUAUUACUAGAAUCCAUUCACUUUUAAAAAACUGAAAUUAUUGCUGUUUAAUUUGGUAAUACUUGGCAAUUCUCUCCCCGAACUGUUUGCUUAACAGUUGGUUCUAUUGCUCAUUGUGGUUUUGUUGGGAUACACUUCCUGUUCCAGACACUGCAUCCCAUUUAGUAUAAAACUGGCUUCUUUCACAGUUACAGUGGGCAUAAUUGUUUGGGACAUCUGGGAAUCUCUGGUGGUGGCUGAGGGUUGUUUUAGUUUAUGUGAGCUCUAACACAGUAGAGAUGGGUGAGGGUUUGAUUCUUGCAGUCAUAAAGGUGAUACUGAUACACUUCCUUUUAAAACUUUGGGGAUCUGCUCUGGUGUGGCAUACUUUCUACCAAACCAGCUGUUAAAAGGCUUAGAGCCAUCCCACACUCAUUUCAUGAUAGGAAGUCUAGGUUUGCUACCAGUUGUGCAUUUCACAGGGAGUAACUGCCAACCUUACCUCUCUGGUGAAUACACAGACAGAAUAUAUGGUUUUUGCAAAUGCUUAUGAGCAGUCAUACGGAUAUCACACACAUCCCUACUUAAAAUGUAAGAUGUGGAAUAGUCAUACAGAAAUAUUUGCAUUGAUUAAUGUUAGAGUGGGAAGUUUGCCAUGGUGACUUGGAAUUGCUGAUUAGGUAACUUAACAAUGCUUCCCCCCCCUGUGCUGUUUGUUAUCCAUUUUUCAGAAUAAAGUGCCUCAGUGUGUUUCA